AUGGCCGCCUUCAGAGAGUUACAAGCACUCGAGACAUCGGAUGGGACCAAUCACGACUUCAUGCUCGCCACAGGUGUGGACGACGACAACAACAACAGUGACGACGGUUUCUUCGAAGAGUUCGACCAUCUCGGCCACACACCCCAUGAACGUCACGAUUCCAACGGGCUUACAAAUACCCAAUGGGCGGAGCAGCUGCGAAACCUGAGCAGCUUUAUUGUUCAGCCUGGAUCGUACACUCGACGACGCUUCGUCUCGACAUGGGGUACAAGGUUUGACGAGUUCAGGAAGGACAUUCUAGGGCAUAAUAACUCCAAGGUCUUCGUUUUGAACGAGCUCGAGCAAUUCAUACUAUAUUACUUUCGCCGAUACCAGCCGAAGCCAGCCUGCACGGACAGUGACGACGAAGAGGCCAACGAACAAGGCGACAUCGUUGAAGAAGCGCCCAUCGAUUCGAAGCCGCGAGUGAAAUGGUCGUACAACACACUUAAAGAAGUGAUGACAGCCGUCACACAGCGAGCCAGCUUCAGAUGGAACGACUUCAAGCUCACCACACGUCAAGAAAUGCGAGCAAAAGGUGCUAUCGAACGGACGCUCAACGACGGCUAUGCAUCCAAACAAGAGUGCGUCUCCCGCGAUCAGGCUCUAGGAGUGUACUUCGUCCGUCGGAUGUCGCGAGGCAUGAUCCAGCAUGCUCUCGACGGCCACUUACCUUCCUGGGAUACUGCUGUGUUGUUCACCUUAGCUAUCGUCGUACAAGCCGCCCUCAAUUGUCGCUUGGGAGACAUACUGGCCGCCAACAAUGUAGAAGAGUGGCCCAAGGAACAAACACCUUCGCUCACGUACGAUGACGUGAAGUUGGUACUUGAAGGGGGCACUUCGAUCGAAGACAUCAAGGGCGAAUGGACAAUCAGGAAUGCCAAAGGCAGCUUCGAUCACUCUGGAUAUUUGCUCGCAACUUCCAUUCCUCGAGCAGGAUAG